GGCGGGUCACAUGACCCCGCGGAGCGCGGCGGCGGCGGCUCGGCGAGGUGUGUUCGCGGCCUAGUGGCGCCCCGGGGCCUCCCAGCCGGGCCUCAGGCGGCCGUGUGGCGUCCCCCCGCGCCAUCCCCGACCCCUGCGGCUUGGAGGGGCCGCGGCGGCGCUCUGGACGCGGCUCCUGCUCCGCGGCGAAGGGAUUGUGACUGGAAGAAUGUCUUUUCCACCUCAUUUGAAUCGCCCUCCUAUGGGAAUCCCAACACUUCCCCCUGGGAUCCCACCUCCACAGUUUCCUGGCUUUCCUCCACCUGUACCUCCUGGGACCCCUAUGAUUCCUGUACCAAUGGGCAUUAUGGCUCCUGCUCCGACUGUAUUAGUUCCUACCACAGUGUCUAUGGUUGGAAAACAUUUGGGAGCCAGAAAAGAUCAUCCUGGCUUAAAGAACAAAGAAAACGAUGAAAACAGCGGUCCCACUACCACCGUUUUUGUAGGCAACAUUUCUGAGAAGGCCUCGGACAUGCUCAUACGGCAGCUUCUAGCAAAAUGUGGCUUGGUUUUGAGUUGGAAGAGAGUACAAGGGGCAUCUGGAAAACUUCAAGCCUUUGGGUUUUGUGAGUACAAAGAACCAGAAUCCACACUACGAGCACUGAGACUACUCCAUGACCUCCAGAUUGGAGAGAAGAAGCUGCUAGUCAAAGUUGAUGCAAAGACAAAGGCUCAGCUAGAUGAAUGGAAAGCAAAGAAAAAGGCUUCUAAUGGGAACUCCAGACCAGAGACGACAAAUGAUGACGAUGAAGCACUGGAUGAGGAAACGAAGAGAAGAGAUCAGAUAAUUAAAGGGGCCAUUGAAGUCUUAAUACGAGAAUAUUCCAGCGAGCUCAAUGCCCCCUCCCAGGAAUCUGACUCUCACCCCAGGAAGAAGAAAAAGGAAAAGAAGGAGGACAUUUUCCGCAGAUUUCCAGUGGCCCCACUGAUACCUUAUCCACUCAUCACCAAGGAGGAUAUAAAUGCUAUAGAAAUGGAGGAAGACAAAAGAGACCUGAUAUCAAGAGAGAUCAGUAAAUUCAGAGACACACACAAGAAACUGGAGGAGGAAAAAGGCAAAAAGGAGAAAGAAAGACAGGAAAUUGAAAAAGAACGCAGAGAAAGAGAAAGGGAACGGGAACGUGAACGAGAAAGGAGGGAGCGUGAAAGAGAGAGGGAGCGUGAACGAGAGAAGGAGAAGGAACGGGAGCGUGAACGAGAGCGAGAUAGGGAUCGUGACCGAACUAAGGACCGAGACAGAGACCGCGAACGAGACAGAGAUCGUGAUAGAGAUCGUGAAAGGAGUUCAGAUCGCAACAAGGAUCGGAGCAGAUCAAGAGAAAAAAGCAGAGACAGGGAAAGAGAACGAGAACGGGAAAGAGAACGAGAACGAGAGAGGGAAAGAGAACGAGAGAGGGAACGGGAAAGAGAACGUGAGCGGGAACGAGAACGGGAGAAGGAUAAGAAGAGGGACCGAGAAGAAGAUGAAGAAGAUGCAUAUGAACGCCGAAAACUAGAGAGGAAACUGCGGGAAAAAGAAGCAGCAUAUCAAGAGCGUCUUAAAAACUGGGAAAUCAGAGAACGGAAGAAAAGUCGAGAAUAUGAAAAAGAGGCUGAAAGGGAAGAAGAAAGAAGAAGGGAAAUGGCAAAAGAAGCCAAACGGUUAAAAGAAUUCUUAGAAGAUUACGAUGAUGACAGAGAUGAUCCAAAAUACUACAGGGGUAGCGCUCUUCAGAAGAGACUACGAGACAGGGAGAAAGAGAUGGAAGCAGAUGAACGGGAUAGGAAAAGGGAAAAGGAAGAAUUAGAAGAAAUUAGGCAGCGCCUCCUUGCAGAAGGACACCCAGAUCCAGAUGCAGAACUCCAGAGGAUGGAGCAGGAGGCUGAGAGGCGUAGGCAGCCACAAAUAAAACAAGAGCCAGAGUCUGAGGAGGAAGAGGAAGAAAAGGCAGAAAAAGAGGAAAAAAGAGAAGAGCCGGAGGAAGAGGAGGAGGAGCCUGAACAAAAGCCCUGCCUUAAACCAACUUUACGACCCAUCAGUUCUGCCCCAUCUGUUUCUUCUGCUAGUGGAAAUGCAACCCCUAACACACCUGGUGAUGAAUCUCCCUGUGGCAUUAUUAUCCCUCAUGAAAACUCACCUGAUCAACAGCAGCCAGAGGAGCAUCGGCCCAAAAUAGGACUUAGCCUCAAAUUGGGUGCCUGCAAUAGUCCUAAUCAGCCCAAUGCUGUAAAAAGGAAGAAGCUCGCUGUGGAUAGUGUUUUCAAUAAAUUUGAUGAUGAAGACAGUGAUGAUGUGCCUCGGAAAAGGAAACUUGUCCCCCUGGAUUAUGGAGAUGAAGAUAAAAGCAGUAUCAAAGGCAGUGUCAAUACAGAAGAAAAACGCAAACAUAUUAAAAGUCUCAUUGAGAAGAUUCCAACAGCAAAACCAGAGCUCUUUGCUUAUCCUCUUGACUGGUCUAUUGUGGAUUCAACUCUAAUGGAACGUCGAAUUAGACCGUGGAUCAACAAGAAAAUAAUAGAAUAUAUUGGUGAAGAAGAAGCCACGCUAGUUGACUUUGUUUGUUCUAAGGUUAUGGCUCACAGCUCACCACAGAGCAUACUGGAUGAUGUUGCCAUGGUACUAGAUGAAGAAGCUGAAGUUUUCAUAGUCAAAAUGUGGAGGUUGUUGAUAUACGAGACAGAAGCGAAGAAGAUUGGUCUAGUGAAAUAAAGCACUCUCCUUGCUUCUAGGGUUCCAUUUCAAUUUUGGGCUUUUUUUUCUCCAUCAUUCAAAGACUUUGAAUUUUCUCUGUUCUCAGAGACCUGAAACCUGUAUUUUUUUAUGUAGAAAAAUGUGAAUUUUUUUUGUCCUCUGCUCUGAGGCCCCCUUUAACCUUAUCAGUUAGUUAUCUGAAUCCUGCAUUGGUUCUCUUUAUAAUUCACAAGGUACAAUUACCGGUAUGUUUUAUAAGCUGCAGCUACUGUACACGCUCUCUGGUAAUUUUGUUAUGUUACUCUGAUUCUUGUAAAUAUUAAGGAAAAAAAAAAAUGCCCCUGUUUUGCAAAACAUUUGCACUUAAUGUGGAACUAUAUCAGUUACAUAUGAAGACAUGAUUUUACUGCGGAUUUAUGAGGGCUUUUUUUUUUUUUUUUUUGCAUAGUCUCCCUCUUUUUCUUUAAGGAAUGUUCAGAAUACAAUGUAAAAAUAAGCGGCUUGAGCUGCUUUCACAGAACAGCCUUGUGUGUUCAUUGGGUCCCCUCAUCUGACUCUGGAAAAGGAGUUCCCUCAGACUUUUCAUUCUGAUGUGAACCAGCAGUAGUCUUGGUACUUUGUUGCCCAUUUAGAAUUGUUAAUGAAGCUGGGAACUUAAUCUCCCGCAGAUGCUCUGCUGCUUUCCUAGAAAGUGCAAAUGGCAGGAAUUUUUUUAUUCUUUGUUCAGUUAAAACAAGAACAGGACCUCAGUUCAAUAAGUGCUAUUUAAUUAUAUUUUUUUUAAGUGUAGGAUAUCUUCUGCUCAGUUUCAUUUUAGCCCUUCCCUAUUAUUCCGUCUCCAAAAUAAUCAGAUGGAUUUUUUUUAAAAAGAAAUUAUUUUUUAAAAUUAUUUUUUUUUUAGUAUUUAGGAAAAAAAUAUCUGUUUGGAUGUAACUGACCAUAGCAGUUGACAAAAACUGUAUUGUAAGUUUUCAGACAAAGCCGAAGUCUUGUUUUUAUCCAUACUGUUAAAACUAGCCCCGAUUUGUUUUCUACUGUAAGCAGUCUGUUGUCCACAAAAAGAGGGUGAUAUUUUCCUGCCUUGUUUCUAUGGGUUUUUAUAAAUAGCCUCAUAUGGUAUCAAUGAUGAGAUGUACUGUAAACUGCAUUUUUUAUCUCAUACCUGGGUAAGACAACAAAUCGAGAAUGUGGUAUGAGCUGUUUUGAUUGCAGGAGGACUGUGUUCCAGGGAGCAAACUGUCUCAAAAACAUUUUUAAUUUUUAAACACAAUUCUUAACAGCAAACAAAUUAAGUAAAGGUGUUCCAGUAUCUCUAUAUUGUAUUUAACUGAAGGAUACAGGUUGACCUGUUCAGAAAACAUAACUGUGACCUUGAGUUACUAGUUCUUUGUAUCUGGAGAGGACACUUGAAAACACUGUUCUUAACAAACGGGAUCGUGUAAAGGUUCCACCAUGUAAAUAUUUCAGAUAUUAAAAAUGUAUAUAUUUGAUUUAAGGGCUGACAUUCUUUUGGAGUCUUGUGCAGCAUGCAAUUAUAUUUAACACUGCUUUCUGAAUCAACAAGUGUUCACAAAUUAGGGGUGGAGUUUUUUAAACUACCUCCUGCUCUGUCAGGUGACUAGAAGCCUGCAAAUGCAGAUGUGAUCACAAUAUGUUCUUCCUCAUCCCUGUAAUACACACCACAAAAUGUUCUUUUUUUAACCUGAAGUGUAAUGCUCAGAUGUUACUUUUAUGUUCUGAAAGGUCCCUUCCAACCUAGGCAAUUCUAUGAUUCCAUGUUGUGCUUGAAUUUGUGUGAGGAUAUUUUGUUUUACAUACUUAUAUGCUGCAAUCUUCCUCUUUUUUUUUUCCUGCAACUUGAUGUUACCCUAAAAAUACUUCCCCAUUCUCCCCGUACAGUUUUGCAUCAGCAUUUACCAAAAAUUCUCCAAAUUCUAAAUAAAUUCAAAACUUGCUCUGUUUGUAGUAAAUACAGAGAAGAGGGAGAGUGAACUUCAUGAGUGCUUUUUGUCCUGCUCAUAUGGCAUUCUUGCUGUCAUUAUUAGUAGUUAAACAAGCAAAUGGGACAUGUGCAUUGUGAUGCCACUAUGCAACAGACAGAUUGCGUACCAUCCCUGUUGAGAUUCUUCAGUGAAAGCUCAACUUGUGAAACUUCAGCUUAUUUUCUUCUGCCCUAAACUAAAGCUGUAUAUUCAGCUAUUACAUUAUUUAUGCAGUGGAUGUAAGCUUGUACUCUUCCUUUCCUAAGGAGAAUGAAGGCAUCUGGAUGAGGAAGAUAUCUAAAAUUUAAGCUGGGGUAUUAAAUAUCCAGGUACAGAAAUAUUUAGAAGCAGUUGUGACAUACAAAAGAAAGUUAAUUUUGUGGAAGUUGAGGUUUUCUUCAGUGGUGGAAGGGGGGAAGGGAUGUUUGCUAUAGCAUUUCUGGCUUGACUUAUUCAAGUACUUCACCAAAUUUUCCUCUUUCAGAAUGCAAAAUGUUGUUUUAUAAAGUCACUCUAGUGUUUACCUCUUACUCAAAUUAGUGUUACUACUUCUCAGUGAUAACAAUGUAUUUUGUGUCUGAUGCUGGGGGUGGGGGGAGGAGAACACAAAUUAGUGCUGCUGAGGGGUUCUUAAUAUAGAAAGCAACUUUCCCUUGUUAACUUGUUUUUCUUUCAACACACAGUAACAGAAUUAUUUCAAGAUAAACUUUGAAAAUUUGGAGUAGAAAAAGCCUUUUUGGCCAACAUUACAACAUUUUACUGUCUGAAUAUGCCAUUUAAUACACACUGUGUGUGUUAUGUUAGUAGGUGCACAGAUUAAGAGUAUACAGAGAAUGAGAUCCAUUAGCGAAGUAUGUGUGUUGCCACUGGGUAUUCAGUGCAGCAUGCCAUAGUAUGGUCCAUUCUGCGGUGGAAAUGUACUUCAAAAGUUACAUGUAGUGCACAGAGGGGGGAAAAAAAUAUCCAUAUUUAUGCAACAGAAGUGGAUAUACUAGUUGUUGAUCUGGACUUUACUGUGGAUCGAGGCUUUUAUGCCUUAACCUAACACAUGCCCUUAGUUUCCUGGUAAUCAUUCUGCGUAACUGCCAUUCAGUGUUAUUUGGAAUAUGCGAGUACAAAAUAUAAAGUAUCACUGUUUUCAUUAGUGUGCACUGAAAAUAAAUGGGAAACCAUGAAUGAGUAAGAUCCAUUACCAAGAAUUAUAUAUUUUUAUAUUACCAUUAAUUUGGUAAGAGAGGGUUUUUUUUGUUCUUAAAAUAUUUACCCUGUUCACAUACUGAUUUAGUCUUUCUAAUUUAAUAAAGUGGUUGGACUUGA